AUGCCUCGUCUUGAGCUCGUCUAUCUUGGACUCGGCAUCGCCGGCGUCACAGCAGCCCCGACUGCUUCCGCUGCAACGCCCCUCAAAGUCAUCAGCUUUGCCCAGACCCCAAAUGGCUUCCAUGGCCCAGCGAGAGGCUGGAAUUCUUUUGCUCUGCAGGCAAAUCCCAACACGGCUCCUGACUUCCAGUUCGACCAGUCACAUGUUUUGACUCAGUGCAGUGUGUUGGCGUCGGGUUCCUUCAAAGGCAAAUACGACACCUGCAGCUUGGAUUCUGGCUGGUCGGUGGGUGACCACGGCGACGAUAAUGGCCGACUGAUCUACGAUGACUCUAUUUUCGACAUUCCCUCCUUGGCUAAUUCAUUGCAUGGGAUGGGCCUGAAAAUGGGUGUUUAUGUUGUGCCUGGUGCCUUCAUCAGUGACGCAAAUAAGACAAUCCUUGGAACUGAAACUACCAUCGGCGAAGUGUGCACGGGAAAUGAGGGCUUGCUCCGCUGCAUCUUCGACUAUACCAGGCCAGAGACACAAACCUGGCAUAACUCUGUAGUUGACCAAUUCGCAUCAUGGGGUGUUGACUUUGUCAAGCUGGAUUUUGUCACGCCAGGCUCUCCCGACAACGGCCAGAGCCUGCCUGCCGACCAGAGCGGCUCUGUUAUUGCCUGGCACAACGCCAUCAAGAACAGCGGCAGACAGAUGCGCUUGGACAUCUCCUGGAAGCUGGACCGCACUCAAACAUACUUUGACAUUUGGAACAGCAACGCCGACUCUAUGCGAACUGACCAGGAUCUCAACAACGGGGGAUCAAGUACUUUGGUAAGCUGGGGUACUGUACAGCGCGCCAUUGACAACUAUCGCCAGUGGAUUAUUGCCGGUCUCCAGUUCUUUGACGAGUUGAACAUCUACCCAGAUAUGGAUAACUUGGUAGUGGGCAGCCCAGAGAGCAUUUCUGGACUUAGCGAUGGACAGCGUACCACCGUCAUGACGCACUGGAUUGGAGCUGGUGCAAACCUCAUUACCGGCAAUGACAUGACUGCCUUGGAUGAUCUCGGCACAAACCUUCUCACCAAUGCCCAAGCACUGCAAGUCGCGGCAUUUACAGCUCAAUACCCCAUUCAGCCUCGCAACCCCGGCUCAGGAGGCCAAGAUGCGACACAGUUCCAGGCGUGGAUUGCCGGCCCAUCUCCGUCUGGCGAAGCCGUCGUUAUUCUCGUGAACCUUGGUCCGGAUAACGGCCAGGGCGGCUUCGGCACGCAAACCAGGGGAGUUCAGACGGUAACCGCAACGUGGCAGGAUUUGGGACUCUCUGGACAGUUCAACGUGCAGGAUAUCUGGAACAAUAAGAGCUUGGGUGUUGUUAGCGAUCAAGUUUCCGCGCAGCUCAACGAGGGUGACAGCGUGUUGCUACAUCUUACAUCAGCGUAA